AUGCAUCUGGCAACUUCUCUUGUGGCAUUGAGCCUUGUUGGCCUUUCUCUUGCUAUCAGCCAGUCCCAGAAUGCCUUGUCUUCAUGUGAGCCGGUCACUGAGACCGUCACCCUCAUGUCCUGCCCGAGCGAGACCACUCUUGCUUCUGCCAUCGACUCUACUACUACAGCCUCGUACUCGACCAUCACCAGCUUCUCUACUCUGACUAGCUACGUGACUGUCUCCCCAUCUCAGACCCUGGCUGGUCCUGUCUCCUCUUCUGUUGAUGUUCUGCCUUCCAGCUCGGGCUACUCCUACAUUGACCAUGAUGGCACGACUAGCUGGAUUAGCGAUGUUUCUCCUACUGUCAGCUUCAGCUCAACUGUCACCGAGACUGUUCAGAUGACCGUCUUCCCGGUUGCCACCGAUGACAUUAAGGUCACUGUCACUCAGACCACGGUUCUCACCAUCACACCUCCCGCUGUGACUUCCAUCAAGUCUCAGUCCUCGGUGGCCUUGGCUGGCCAGUCAGAUGAGGAGACCACAACCUCGACUGUGACUUCUUACCGCACCAAGAGCGUCAUCUCUGUUCUGACGGUCUACUUGAGCUCAAGAAGCUCCAAGCCUGCUGCUCUCAUGACGUCCUCUGCAGCUGCUAGCGCAGAGCUCACUUCCCACAGCACCUCGACCAGUCCUCCGACAUCUGCAGAGUCGGUCUGCUCCGUGAGCUAUGUGGACGUAACUACCGAUUUCACCUACACUGUCAUUGCUACGCCUUCCGCCGGCUUCAACUCGGUCAUCAACAGUGUUGGUAACCUGAGCUCUUACGCCCCAAUUGCAUCUGCCUGGAACACUACUAUGCACCCGUCCGCAACACUUACCGGCUCUCUGUACAAGCCUUCUGGGUUCUCGGGUGCUGUGACAACACCUACUGCCUCGCUGGUGUCGUCCGUGUCUGUUGGAGCUGCCUCGCAGAAAUCUGCAACUGCUAUCUCGCCUGUCGUUCCUUCUUCAGCCCUCCGCCAUGGUAACAACGGUAGUACAGUCUCAUCCUCGGCCACUGGAUAUGUUCCCUUCAUGCCAGUCCCUGUCAUCUCGUUGAGUGCUCCCGCUGCAUUCUCGCGUACUUCUUCGACCUUGAGCAAGAAGUACACCAACACUUCAAGCUCUGCUAUGCCGACCCCCACCGUGUGUGGUGAGCAUGGUGAAUUCACUUUGACUGUAAGUACCCUCUUGAACACAUCAACAAAAAUAUGA